AUGGAGGGCAGCCUAAGGCAGCUCAGCCUGGGCAAGGGGCCCGAGGGGGCCGGGGACAGCCAGGCCCUGGCUGAGCUGCAGGAGCUGGCCCUGCGGUGGUUCAUGGAGACGCAGGCCCCCCUCAUUCUGCAGAACGGAGCCCUGCCCCCCUGGUUUCAUGGAUUCGUCACCCGCAAGCAGACAGAACAGCUGCUCAGGGACAAAGCUCUUGGCUCCUUCCUCAUCCGCCUCAGUGACCGGGCCACCGGCUACAUCUUGUCCUACAGGGGCAGUGACCGCUGCCGGCAUUUCGUCAUCAACCAGCUCCGAAACCGGCGCUACCUCAUCUCUGGGGACACCCAAAGCCACGGCACCCUGGCCGAACUCGUGCGCCAUUAUCAGGAGGCACAGUUUGAGCCCUUCGGGGAGACCCUGGCUGCUGCCUGUCCCCGGCCAGAGGACAAUGAUCUGUACGAUGCCAUCACCCUGGGCCUCCAUCAGACUACUCAGAGCCUGGAAAACCCACCUGCUGCACUGCCUUCCAUGGAGGUUCCAGACAAGGCCACCAGCCCCCGCCUGUCUCCAAAGCCCCAGGUCUCCUUCCUCCACAAAAAGAGCCUGGAUGCAAGUUCCUGGAACCUCUCUGAGGAAGAAAGCAUGGAGGCCCCCGUCAGGGUGCCUCCCCUCCCGGAGAGGAGUGCCUCCCUUCUGGAUGAGUCUUUUGGAGGCCCCGAUGACAUCGUCUACGCAGACCUGAGGAAGAGGAACCAGGCACUGCUAGGCCUGGGCGCAGAUGUGUCCGGUAGCCAGGCCUGCUCCCUAGGCAAGGAGGCCCUGUGGGGACUCUCAGAUGGAAGCCAGAACAAACCUGACAGCCCGGGACCUGCCCUCUCUGGAGUGAGCCCAGACCAGGGCCCUAGAGUGUCUCCCACAUCUUGGGGUCUCCUCCUGUCCCCCAGUUCUGAGGCCCUAGGAUCCUCAGCUGCUACCUGGAGCCAGGGGUCUCCAAAACUGAGUCGCGGGGCUCAGCCCUGCUCCCAGGGUGCUUCUGCAGACAGCAAUGAGCUCAUCCGGAUAGCAGGCCUCCCAGAGGAGGCCAGGGAUGUGCUGGACCAAGAAGGCGGCAGUACCUAUGAGCAGAUCGCAGCCUGCUGGGAUGGCCUGCCCAGGCCCCUCUAUCCUGGGGCCAGCCCCACAUACAGCAAGAUUUCAGGGCCCAUGGACUGUGGCUACGAGAGGAUCUCAGGGGCCCCGGAGCUGCCGGAGCCCAGAAACACCUAUAAACAAAUCCCAGCAGUCAAGAGCAAGGAGGCAAGCCGGACACAUAAGGUGGGCUUUGUGGAUGGGCCCGACAAGCUCCGGAGGCUCUUCUUCACGGACAAGAAACAUAAAUCCUGA